GGCGCAUGCGCAUCGCUCAGCUAACCAUUUGACGACGUGUACCCGGUGUGUACAAGUAUUCAGGCAUAUCACCUCUGCUAGGUAACAAACAGCCAUUUGAACAUAAAAAGCCUUAAAAGAGCAUAACAUGGGAGGCGCGCAGAGUGUGGAGAUACCGGGAGGAGGCUCCGAGGGAUACCACGUCCUCAGGGUUCAAGAGAACUCGCCUGGACACCGCGCCGGACUGGAGCCUUUCUUUGACUUCAUCGUCUCCAUCAACGACACCAGACUGAACAAGGACAAUGAUACCUUGAAAGACCUUCUGAAAGCCAGUGUGGAGAAACCAGUUAAGAUGCUGGUUUACUCUUCGAAGACUCUGGAGCUGCGGGAGUCUACAGUCACCCCCAGCAACCUGUGGGGGGGCCAGGGCUUGCUUGGUGUCUCCAUUAGAUUCUGCAGCUUUGAGGGAGCCAAUGAAAACGUUUGGCAUGUGCUGGAUGUAGAGCCUAACUCCCCGGCGGCCCUCGCCGGCUUGCGGCCGCACACUGACUACAUCAUUGGAGCCGACACUGUUAUGAACGAGUCAGAGGACUUGUUCUCGCUGAUAGAAAGCCAUGAGGGGAAAGGCCUGAAGCUCUACGUGUACAACACGGACACCGAUAACUGCAGAGAGGUCAUCAUCACACCGAACAGUGCCUGGGGAGGAGAGGGCAGCCUUGGUUGUGGGAUCGGCUACGGUUACCUGCACAGAAUUCCUACAAGGCCUUUUGAGGAGGGGAAGAAGAUCAGCUUUCCUGGAAACCCCCCCAGUGAGCCCCUCAGUCCGCUGAAGGACGGAUUCACUGAGGUGCAGCUCUCAGCAGUGACCCCCCCUCCUGCCCCCACAGGCCUUGGAGAUUCACUGUCUGGCCUGUCAAUCAGCACGGCCCCGCCCACCAUGCCCCGGGAGCUGCAGACAGGGUUGCCUACAGUGCCUCUGCUCCCCACCCUCAGCCCACUCACUCCACUGAAUCCCGCCGCCAUCGGCUUCAACCCCGCCUCCGGCUUCAACCCUGCUUCCACGCUACCAGGUCUGAUGCCCCUCCCAGCUGGCUUACCUCCGCUCCCUCACCUGCCCAACCUCAACCUGACACUGCCAGACCUCAGUGCCAUGACCCUAGCAGGCACCUUACCAGUAGGAACCGUCCCCUCUCUGGCUUCGCUCCCUUCCUUCAACUUCCCCGGCCUGGCCCCCUUACCCCCUCUCCUCCCCCAGGCGAUGCUCCCCCUCCUGCCCCCCCAUCCCACAGCCUCCGUCACAGUCACGGCAGCGCCCGCCCCCGAGCCUGCCGCCGUCCCCACGGAAACAGCCUCCUCGAACACCACGGAAUCAGCGCCUCCGACGGAAACAACGCUAACCUCAUAACCUGGGAGAGAAACAUCCCGCUUGCCAUCAAACCAAAACACACACCCGGUUUCUCUCCCUCCCCUUUCUCUGUAUUUUUCUAUUUAUUUGGCCAAGAGGGACACGCACAGGUGGGCACCCUCCAGGUUUGGGUGAGGAAGCGAUGAAGGAUGAGUGGAUAUGAAGAAUGGAGGACGGCUGUGGACCGACAUGUCUUUAUGACCAGAUCGUCACGGAGCUCGUCCACGCCCCAGAGGAGGACUCUCACACACAACAAGGACUUCCCCCUUUCUGAUCUGGCAAGCCGCUCUGUUUCACUCUUGUUUUUUUUUAUAUAUAAACAGUGUAUGUUAACGGGACUGGACGAUAGAUUUACUGUAUCUACAUUAUAAAUUAACCUGCCACACUUAAAUGAAACUGGACUAAAGUGGGUCAACAGGAGAAACGCACUGCUGUAUGAAAACAGGUAAACCAUUACUUUUUUGAUCUCAUCAUCCAGCCCUGACAUGUAACCUUUUAUUAGUGAAUAGGACCCCUGACCAAUAGAUCGAUUUGAUUGACAUGUAUACAUUUCUGUUGGAAAUUGCUGUAUGAGUGUCUCCACCCAAUGAAUGAAUCUGCAUUAUUUUGCACCACCUUUGUGUUCUGAAAUGAUUAGUCUGUCCCUUUGUAUGUAUAACCAGAACUCUAUAGGUUCCAUUUUGACCACACCGGGAGGUAACAGCUUAAAGGCUGUGCCAGAGGGCGGGGCAGGGGUGUACACUUAUAAAGCAUGCUGCAUUUUGUGUGUGAUCAGUAGGGAGGGUGGGACAUGAGGUGUUUAUUUUGCAGUACUGUACGUCUCCUCCUGACAUGGCUGAACUGAUAGGCAGGUGCAGUGAUGCAGUACGACCACCAGGUGUCACUGUAACAGCUUACUGAAAACAUCCACACUGUACAGCGCGAGCAAUAAAGCCAAAUUAAUUUUACAUGAUGCUUCCUGUGUCUUUAUACAGUGAGGGUUUCUUUUGCAUACUCUGUAACAAAUAAACAAACCAAAAACACAAAA